AUGACCAAUGGUGUCAAAGCGGCUCAGAUCGGGAUCAUCGGGAAAAUCGACAACCUCCACCGCUUGACCCUCGCUGCCAACGGUGUGCGCGGUAAAUCAUCCACAUUGAUCCCCCGGCUGAGCCCAAACCUUGCUGAUGGAGGGGCAGAUCUCCAUGUCCUGUACUGGGUGCAGCGUACAGCAAAGGGGAAACUUGGGAGUGGAUCUCGCGUGGCAGCUUGGAUUCUAGUCGGUGUAACUAUACAAUGUAUACUGGCCCUUCAGAUUGCGUGGGGUUGCAAUGCUGGACCAAUGGAUGCGGCGUAA